GCGAAGAGAGUCCGAAGGGAGCCGGGGGCCGCGGGGCAGUCAGCGGGGGUCCGGCUCCCCCUCCCCGCCGACGGGAGGGGGUCGAAGAGGGCCGUCACUCACUUUGGCGAACACUUUGGCACUUUGCUGGACCCGGAGCAGGACGGGGUGGAAAUAUGGGGAAAGUUGGAAGUUGCCUGGUGACUUUGGCCGGACUUUUGCUGGCGGCGGGAGCGCAGACGUUCACAGGAUGCUGUACUUUCGAUGAGCCGUUUAGCACCUGUGGCUAUAGUCAGUCAGAUGAUGAUGAUCUUAACUGGGACCAGGUGAACACGCUGACCAAACCCACCUCAGAUCAAUGGAUGCCUUCUGGUUCUUUCAUGUUGGUGAAUACAUCUGGGAGAUACGCAGGACAGAAAGCUCACCUCCUGAUGCCCCAUCUAAAAGAAAAUGAUACGCAUUGUAUUGAUUUCCACUAUUACAUUUCAAGCAAGAGUGGAUCUAGCCCUGGCACUUUGAAUGUGUAUGUGAAAGUUAAUGAUGGGCCUAUCGGUAACCCAGUCUGGAACACAUCUACUACUGGUACUUGGAACAGAGCAGAGCUUGCCAUCAGUACUUUCUGGCCGCAUUUUUAUCAGGUUGUUUUUGAAGUGGUAACUUCAGGCCACCCUGGAUAUGUGGCCAUUGAUGAAGUGAAAGUUUUAGGACAUCCAUGUACAAAAACGCCUCAUUUCUUGCGUCUUCAGAGUGUGGAAGUCAAUGCAGGACAAUUUGCUACUUUUCAAUGCACUGCCAAUGGUAAAUUCAGUACAAGUGACAGACUUUGGUUACAGGGUAUUUACGUGAGGGAUGCACCUUUGAAGAACAUAAAGGUGUUCAAUGUUCGACGGUUUGUAGCUCUUUUUAAUGUGGUAAAUGCCACGAAGAGGGAUGCUGGCAACUAUCGCUGCAUGAUUCGCUCAGAUGGAGGAUCUGGAGUUUCAAAUUAUGCAGAACUAAUAGUGAAAGAGCCACCAGUUCCUAUUGCUCCACCUCAACUGUCCUCAGUUGGUGCGACUUACCUAUGGAUACAGUUGAAUGCCAAUUCCAUCAAUGGAGACGGACCCAUUAUUCAAAGGGAAGUUGAGUAUCGAACUUCAAGUGGAAGCUGGUAUGACAUACAACCUGUGGACUCCACAAGCUAUAAGAUUGGACACCUGGAUCCUGACACAGAAUAUGAAAUCAGUGUGUUACUUACAAGACCGGGCGAAGGAGGAACUGGAUCUCCUGGGCCAGCUCUCAAAACAAGAACAAAAUGUGCUGAUCCAAUGCGUGGGCCACGGAAACUAGAGGUUGUGGAGAUCAAGUCUAGGCAAAUCACUAUUUGCUGGGAGCCAUUUGGAUAUAAUGUCACACGAUGCCAUCGCUACAACCUCACAGUCCAUUACCGUUACCAGGCUGGAGGACAAGAGCAAGUGAGAGAAGAAGUAAGCUGGGAUACAGAAAGUUCACAUCCUCAGCACACCAUUACUAAUCUAUCACCAUAUACAAAUGUUAGCAUCAAAUUAGUACUAAUGAAUCCUGAAGGACGAAAAGAAAGCCAAGAACUUGUCGUGCAAACUGAUGAAGAUGUUCCAAGUGCUGUACCACUUGAGUCAAUUCAAGGGAGUACCUUUGAAGAGAAGAUUUUUCUUCAGUGGAGAGAGCCAGUGCAAACAUAUGGUGUGAUUACUUUGUAUGAGAUCACCUACAAAGCAGUCAGUUCCUUUGACCCAGAAAUAGAUUUAUCCAAUCAAAGUGGACGAGUCUCAAAGCUAGGAAAUGAAACACACUAUCUCUUUUUUGGACUGUAUCCUGGCACUACCUACUCUUUUACCAUCAGGGCCAGCACAGCUAAAGGCUUUGGACCUCCGAUCACAAAUCAGUUCACCACUAAAAUAUCAGCACCCUCUAUGCCACCGUAUGAACUCGAGACACCUUUGAAUCAAACUGACAGCACUGUGACAGUCUUGCUGAAACCUGCACAGAGCAGAGGAGCUCCUGUCAGUGUCUACCAAAUAGUUGUUGAAGAGGAACGCCCUCGGAGGACCAAAAAGACAACUGAGAUCCUGAAGUGCUACCCAGUGCCCAUUCAUUUCCAGAAUGCCUCACUUUUGAAUUCCCGGUACUACUUCGCUGCAGAGUUUCCUGCCAAUGGUUUACAAGCUGCUCAGCCUUUUACUAUUGGUGAUAACAAAACCUACAGUGGCUUCUGGAACACUCCUCUUCUUCCUCAUAAGAGCUACAGCAUCUAUUUUCAAGCUGCUAGCAGAGCCAAUGGGGAAACCAAAAUUGACUGCGUCAGGGUAGCCACAAAAGCUGCGAUAAUCGUGACUCAGCUUACAACACCAUACAUUCGCAUCGCCCCUGCUGCAGGCGACGACCAACUAACAGGGGCUGCUACUCGAAAGCCAGACCCAGAGCCUGAGAAGCAGACUGACCAUACUGUUAAAAUUGCUGGAGUUAUUGCAGGCAUCUUGCUGUUCGUCAUUAUAUUUCUGGGGGUUGUGUUGGUAAUGAAGAAAAGAAGAAGCUAUCACUCCUACACUUACUACCUAAAAUUGGCUAAAAAGCGAAAAGAGACAUUGAGCAGUACACGGCAAGAAAUGACAGUGAUGGUGAAUUCAAUGGAUAAAAGCUACACUGAGCAAGGCACCAACUGUGAUGAAGCUUUCUCUUUCAUGGACACACACAAUCUAAAUGGGAGAUCUGUAUCUUCACCAUCUUCAUUUACAAUGAAAACUAAUACACUGAGCACGACAGUGCCUAACUCUUAUUACCCAGAUCCAUUUGUGCCAACUGCAAUUUUAGUGCCAAUCAAUGAUGAAACCCAUACGAUGGGCAGUGACACAAGCAGCCUGGUCCAGUCCCAUACCUACAAGAAGCGAGAUCCAGCAGAUGUGCCCUACCAGACCGGACAGCUUCAUCCAGCCAUCCGUGUAGCUGACUUGCUGCAGCACAUCACCCAGAUGAAAUGUGCAGAAGGCUAUGGAUUUAAAGAGGAGUAUGAAAGUUUCUUUGAAGGACAGUCUGCACCGUGGGAUUCAGCUAAGAAAGAUGAGAACAGAAUGAAAAAUAGAUACGGGAAUAUCAUUGCAUAUGAUCAUUCUCGAGUGAGAUUGCAGCCCAUUGAAGGAGAAACAAACUCCGAUUACAUCAAUGGAAAUUAUAUUGAUGGUUAUCACAGGCCGAAUCACUACAUUGCUACACAAGGACCAAUGCAAGAGACAAUAUAUGACUUCUGGAGAAUGGUAUGGCAUGAGAACACAGCCAGCAUAAUCAUGGUUACUAAUCUCGUAGAAGUGGGAAGGGUUAAGUGCUGCAAAUACUGGCCAGAUGACACAGAGAUAUAUAAAGACAUUAAAGUUACCCUAAUAGAAACAGAACUCCUCGCUGAAUAUGUGAUUCGAACAUUUGCAGUAGAAAAGAGAGGUGCUCAUGAGAUUCGAGAAAUUCGUCAGUUUCAUUUCACUGGUUGGCCAGACCACGGCGUGCCGUACCACGCGACAGGCCUGCUGGGGUUUGUGCGUCAGGUCAAGUCCAAGAGCCCACCAAACGCCGGACCUCUGGUGGUUCACUGCAGUGCUGGUGCUGGCAGAACCGGGUGCUUCAUCGUUAUUGACAUCAUGCUAGAUAUGGCAGAAAGAGAAGGUGUUGUAGACAUAUACAAUUGUGUGCGAGAGCUUCGAUCUCGGAGAGUUAACAUGGUGCAGACAGAGGAACAGUAUGUAUUUAUCCAUGAUGCUAUCCUGGAAGCCUGUCUUUGUGGAGACACAUCUAUUCCAGCUUCUCAAGUUAGGUCUGCUUACUAUGAAAUGAAUAAACUGGAUCCUCAAACUAACUCCAGCCAGAUCAAAGAGGAAUUUAGGACGUUAAAUAUGGUGACUCCGACACUGCGUGUGGAAGACUGCAGUAUAGCACUUUUACCACGAAAUCAUGAAAAGAAUCGCUGUAUGGAUAUGCUGCCACCUGACAGAUGUCUGCCCUUCUUAAUUACUAUUGAUGGGGAGAGCAGCAACUACAUUAAUGCUGCACUGAUGGAUAGCUACAAGCAACCAUCAGCCUUUAUAGUUACGCAGCAUCCCUUGCCAAAUACUGUCAAAGAUUUCUGGAGGCUGGUCCUAGAUUAUCACUGCACUUCAAUAGUUAUGCUGAAUGACGUAGAUCCAGCACAAUUGUGUCCUCAGUACUGGCCAGAAAACGGAGUACACCGACAUGGUCCUAUUCAGGUGGAGUUUGUAUCAGCUGAUUUAGAAGAAGACAUCAUCAGCCGGAUAUUCCGAAUUUAUAAUGCAGCCAGACCCCAGGAUGGCUAUCGAAUGGUGCAACAGUUCCAGUUCCUGGGAUGGCCCAUGUACAGGGACACACCGGUUUCCAAACGCUCAUUUUUGAAGCUCAUCCGCCAGGUGGAGAAGUGGCAGGAGGAGUACAACGGGGGAGAGGGACGCACAGUUGUCCAUUGCUUGAAUGGAGGUGGCCGCAGUGGGACGUUUUGUGCAAUCAGUAUUGUUUGUGAAAUGCUUCAACAUCAGAGGGCUGUUGAUGUAUUCCAUGCUGUGAAGACACUGAGAAAUAAUAAGCCUAACAUGGUGGACCUUCUGGAUCAAUACAAAUUCUGCUAUGAAGUGGCUUUGGAAUACUUGAAUUCCGGCUGAUGGCAUAAACAGAGCAGACACUGUUCCUCCCUCCACCACCACGAACAAAGCAAGUCGUUUCAUGAUAUCUGUGUCAAUGAGAUGAAGACUUCUCAGUGUUACGCUUCUACUGCUUUGUAUAACUGGCUCUUUUUAAGAGCCCAAAGAGAUGUUCAUAAAACUGCUUGCACUGCCCAUUUUCCACUAUUAAUGCUGCUGCUUGACACCCAUAUGAGCGUACACCAAACCACAUGGCGGUCGUUGAACACUGUAAUCAUAUGUAGCCAUCGAUGUGGUGAAGCAGCAUAGUCCUCUGGUAAAUAAGAGAGCACAAUUAUAUUCUUAUGAAGGAAUUUGUACUCUUCUGUUAUAUUUUGUCACCUGUGAUUCUCAGUUAUUGUCAUGGCCUAGUGUACAUUUCUGUUCUGUGGAGAAUGCUAUCUGGCAUUUUGAUAAUAUAUGAUUUUAGUUAUAUUUGCAUUCUAACACGUGCAUAAUAAAUGAAUCAUAUGUAGCUUAUCUGAACUAAUGGAAAGACGUGUACCAAAUCAUGUUAACUUUUUUGAGUUGUAAUUUCUAUCCACUUUGUACCAUUUCAGAGAGAGAAUCUUGAUAGAAAUGCAGUUAGACAGAUGCAAAAUACAGGAUGCUCAGAUUAAUAUAUCCAAAGCUUUUUUCAUUGUUUAUAUUUGUAAAUAUUUUUUGAUUUCAUCAAAUUAUUUAUUCAUUAAAAUGAAUUUUUUUGUGAA